AUGAGCGGUUCGCGGCUUGGCAGAGGCCGAGGUGGCCGCCUGGCUUUGUACGGGGGCUGCGCAGUGGCAGUUAUCUUGACGAUGAUCGUGUACCGCAACACCAUCUCGGAGAUGACCAGGCUUCAAGAGAUGCAAGUGCAAUGCCUUCAUCAACAAGAAUCUCUCGCUGCUCAACUACAAGUAAUCUUUGAGUACAAAGUACGGCUGGAGAAGUCCCUGGCCGAGGAGAAGAGCUCGAACGCCGCGGUGAAGCAAGAGCUGCAGCAGCGCGCGUCGCGGGAGAAGUCCCUGCGCGACAAGGACAGCGUAGAGGCGAUGCAGAGGUUCAAUUCGCUUCAGCAGACCUACAAGCUUCUGCAGACGGAGCAUCAGGAUUUGCAGGAGGAGUGUAAGAAGCGCGAGAAGCAGGCGCUGGACGAGACGAGCAGGCUGGAAACGACGCUGCAGGACUUGCGCGCCCGCAUCCGGCAGGCUCAGGAGGACAAGUUCAAGGCUCUCGAGCACUUGAAGACCAAGUACCUGGAAAUAGACGACGAGAAGACCAGGCUGCAGGAUAAGUACAACGAACUGGUGAAAAAUAGGGACAAUACCGGUAGUACCGUCGAUCAUCUCAAAAAGGAGAUCUUCCAGCUCAGACGCGAAUUGGAGAGCGCCAAGAAAUUCUAUGCUAGAAGUACACCUCCUAGUUCAGUUCUGGUGACUCCUCGUGCGUCGGUGUCGCAAUCGGCGCUGCAGAAGGAGGACUCGCAGCCGAUCCCGGCGCCGCAGCAGCAACAGCCACAGCAGGUAAGUGCGCCGCGGCCGCCGUACGUGUCUCAUGACGGUCGCGCAGUCGGAGGAGCGACUCCGUCGGUGGAAAAGACGUUAAACGACGACGCCAACGAGCCAGCCAACGAUAUUAGGUUCGUUCAGCAGAAUGGCAACAUCGUUCCAGCUGGUCCCAGCGAAGUGAAAGAGAUCGGCGAGCAGCAGCAGCAGCAGCGCGAACCCUCGGCUAACAGCUUAGAGCAAAAGCAGCUGAAAGACGUUGUCGAGCGGCCGAACGUUGUAGACGAGGAGAAGAGCGGCUUCGACGAAGAACAGAGGAAACAGAGCGUGGCGAGUUCACGAAAAGCGACGAACACCACCGUGGCGAGCAACGUCAAUCUGGUGUCGCCGUCCCUCGUCGACAAGCCCGCGCCGCUGCCGGCCAGACCGCUGUCGAAGGUCAAGGUGCCGGUCGGCGUAUUGCCGAUACCGGAAAUCAUCGAGCAGCAGAUCGUCGACGACGCGGACGAGGAGAAGCGCCAGGAGGAGAGUCGAAAGCGGGAGGACGCGGCGGCGGUUCACAACCUGCAGCCACCGCCGCCGAAGCUCGCCCCGGCCGACGACAGGGAGGAGAAGGAGCCGGUGGUCGAAGCCGGCAAUCUGGACCCGCCGUUCGUGGCGAAUCCUCCCGCGCGACACGUUGGCGAGCAGAUCGAGAGGCGAGUGAAAGACACCUGGAUGAGGGUGGGACCCGGCGUGCAGGAGGUCGGCGAAGAGCUCAAUCGAGUUCCUGGAUUGGACGACGGGCAAGCUAACGGCGGUGACGAUCAGUACGACGGUGGCGAUUACGACAAGGAGCAGAAGAACGAUAUUCAUCUGGCGGAGGGCGAGGACGAGGGGGAAGACGAGGGCGACAUGUUUGAAUAUCCGCAUAAUUUGAAGCAAGGAAAGCGGGAAUAAAAUCAGCGCCGCCGUCUCAAAUGUUUUUUAACGCGACCGGGGCGGCCGGCAGCGACCAGCGGAUGAUACCAAGAGGAAGUCGGCUGAAAAAUAGUCAAACGACCUGACCCGAUCUGACCUGACCUGGCCGACAUUCACGAUCGUUUGGGUUUCAUCAAGCCGACGAAUACUUAUUGUGUAUUAUAAUCUUAUAUCGAAUCAUUCGAUGUGUGUCGACGCCUCGCGACGCAGGGAGCUGCUUAGCGAGGCGAUUCAAUCCAUCUUCAUCUUUCGUACGAAAGCUCUUGUACAAGAUUUUAGCUAGAUAUAUCGAUACAUGAUAGUAUAUACACGGUACAAAUAAUCGUCAAGCGCGUCUGGACGUUCGGCGAAGACUUAGGCGGUUCCCAGUAAUUUCAGAAGGUUCGGAACGAACUUAUAUAUAUGUAACCGCAUGCUUUCGAAGAAGGAAAAAAAAUAAAGAUAGACUGUAUUUUUCUAGAUUAAGAUCUGCCGCACGAGUCGAGUGACUUAAUCGCGACUUAUUACUUCUUACGAGACACCCGUGACUUCGUUACAAACGCGUUAAGUUGGAUUUAGAUUGCACUGGCAGAAUUAACUUAGUGACGCACGCAACACGAAAAUACCUCGGAAUUCAGUAUUCAUUAAUUUAUUAAAAUUAAUUCACGUUACAAUGAUAAAAAUGUUUUAUCAUGAAUUAUGGGAACUAAUUGAAUUACAUCUUGUAAUGUUAAUCACAUUAAUCCACAUAUGAGUUACAUAUGGAAACUCUAAUGUAAUUCAUAUGUGGUAAUGUCAGCCGUUUUGUUACUGGAAUAAAUGUAAAAUAAGUGCAAGAAGAUUUAGAUAAUUCCUACUGUUGCAAUCUGAAUCGUUUGAACCGUUAAUUAUUUAUCAAUGCACCGGCGACAAUGGUACACUCGACAAUUGAAAAUAAUUUCAUUAACUUCGUUAAGACAGUUUACAUUAAGUUAAAUCGUUUUAAUCUUGUUUUUCCUUUUACCGAUUGUCCAUUGUCGCUAACGAUCGCAGAUUACGCGCGUCUAUUUUUAGCGAAAUUAAAAAAUAGACAUAUCGUCGAAUUGAUAUAUAAAGAUAGAUAUCAAUAUGUAUAUGUAUAUGU